AGCUAGCAUCUCAGCCGUCCGACUUGUCUGUGCCGCGCUCCCGCUGACGGAAACGUCUCUGGCGUUUGGCAGAGAAAUUCCAAGCGAAGGAGGCAACCCGCCCUAAUGGUCACAACAGCAGGCUAAAAGGAAAAAGGACCCUGGUGAGCUAGCCAAAACAAGGAAGAACUAUGAUACGACGGGAGAGCAAGCGGAGAUCGCGGACCGAGGCCGCUGGUAGGAUGGAUUCCAGCACCCUCCCUGGAGCCAGUAAGAUCUACCGGCGGAAGAGCCGACGCCAUAUGACCUGCCCCAACCCCCGGGAGAUCAACCAGGCAUUGGCCUGCAUCAGCCUGGGAGAACUGAACCGUUCCUGCACUCUGGAGGAGUUGAUUGAGAAAUGCCUUCGCUCCUUUGAUAUAGACGGGAAGCUGUGCACCAGCGACUUCAUGGUGAACAUGACACUAACCGUUCAUAGUUGGGUCGUCCCAUCUGCAGAGCUUGCUCGACGUCUUUUGACUUUAUAUCAGGAAUCAGCUCAGGACAAGAAUCCUUCACGUCAGCUGAGGAUCUGCCACUUUGUCCGCUACUGGCUUGUGAACUAUCCGGAGGCUUUUCACCUGGACCCGCACUUGGAGGAGGUGAUCACAGAAAUCUUGGAGGUGGUGAGGAGCCAAGGCCCAGCAGGACACAACAACAUGCUCGAUACAUCCUGCAUAAAGCCAGUGGAGAAGCCUGUAGGGAAAGUUGAAAACUGCUUCGCCCUGCUGAAGAAUUUCCUCUCCUCUCCUGCAUACAUGGGAAGUGGGGAGGAGUCCUGUGGUGGGUUGGGGAAAGUACACUCAGGUCAUGGUGAUUCCGUGUUCAAGAAUUACGACCCUGACCAACGGGGUUGCAUCUCUCAGGAAGAUUUUGAGACCAUAUCUAUGAGUUUCCCGUUCUCCUUCUACGGCCUGGAAAGAGAACGGGAAGGAACCUGCAACCGAGACGACCUGUCGGAGUACUUCAUGAGGGCCUGCGCCAUCUUCUCCAAGCUGGGCCUCAUGGUUUUGCACGAUUUCCAAGAGGUCACCUUUAAGAAACCCACUUUCUGCGACCACUGCGGUGGCUUUCUGUGGGGAGUCUCCAAGCAGGGAUACCGAUGCAGGGAUUGUGCCAUGAUCUGUCACAAACACUGCAAGAACCAGGUGGAGGUGGAGUGCCACACUCGCCGCUUCCCUUCCUCCUCCUCCUCCUCCGACAGCACACCGCGCACAUCCACAGCCAUGCUAGCUAUGAGUCACCAUCCCAGCUCUGGCUCAGAGGAAGAAAUGUUCCUUUUCCCACCAGGGUGGGAACAGGGCAAAAGCCCUGUGGUCUCCUUGUCGAGCAGCCCGGGCAGCCGGAUGGUCAAACAUGCCAGCACCCAGACCGAUCAGGCUAGCCCGGCAACUGAGGACCGAGAACAGCUGGCAGAGGAUUGCAACAAAACUCAGAAGCAACUCAUGGCACUGGUGAAGGAGCUGGAAAAGGAACGGGACAGGCUGCUGACCGCCAACCAGUCCCUUCAGAACCGCUACACGCAGCUGGAAGCCGAGAACAGGAGGCUCUUGAAAACGGGCAGCCCAGCAUCCCUCUACGAAAUCGCGCCUCGGUUUAUCUGAGCCCAGCUGGUCGGUUGCCAACAAACUCUGGGAACUUAAGAAGGGAGCUUUCCUGAAUGGGGCAAGCAUCGGGCCUCAGGCGGGCCGAGAGAGCGGGAGGAAAGGGCUGGCGGAGGAAGCCAUCAUCCGCCGAAAAACCCAACGGGCAAAGAAGAAGAAAAUUUGGGAGCAGAGAAGAAGACGCUGUCCUAGGGGAGGGUUUUGUUCAUGUCCAGCCGAGCAGCUCUCUGGUUGAAGCCACCUUGGCAGUCCGAGAAGGAACGGGCCAAAUCCGAGUCCUUUACCAACGCACCU